UGACCUGUAACUUGGUCAUCUGCUUGCCUUGAACAUAGAUACAUUUAAUUUUAGGAAAAUUCCAGGCAAAGCAAUUUCUUCUCUACAUAGAAAAGCAGGUAGCAGAGCUUCCACCAGCAAAGUUACACAGUUCACCUUUAGCGUAAAUAGAACAAGUAUUAAAUGACCUCCUUUCCUAAGCCCCUGUACACUCUAUAUUGCUCACGUAGUGUACCACCUCCGGUGGUAUGUCCCAGGAGUGCUGUUAUCAGCUGCAGCCUGUUUUUCCUCAGCUUUACAACUGACUUUUGGUCUGAGUGGAGGUGAGAGCGAGCUCUAGCUAAAGUCCACUCAUUCUGCGCUCCACAGCUCCAUUCUUAGAAUAGUAACCGAAGUGAAAUCAUCAGCCAAUAUAUACUUCCUCUUCUGCAGCCAUGAAGGUCCUGUGCCUCCUCCUGCUGCUUUUCCUGACUUCAUGUGACUGUGGCAGAGGUCGUGACUGGGCGCACCAUGGUGCACCCAUUUUCGCUGACCUGUCUGUGAGGGAGCUCAAAGCCGUACGUUCUUACCUCCACAACAUCCCGGAGCUCGGCCUAACCAGUGCCCAGGACCACAACCUGAAGAAGAACAGCAUCCUCCUCAUGGAACUCCAUCUGCCCAAAAAGCAUGAAGCUCUCCGAGCUCUGGACCGAGGACAGGCCAGACCCUCUCGCCAGGCCCGUGUCGUGGUCCAGUUUGGAAACCAGACAAAACCCAAUAUCACGGAAUACAUCGUCGGGCCUCUUCCCACCCCAAACUACCACCAAGUCAAAACCUUUAAAGGAAGUAAACCGGUCCGCUUCGAGUCUAGGCCUAUCACAAAAGUUGAAUAUGAGCAUGUUGAAGACCUUCUUGUGAAAAUUGCUACAAAAGCUCAUAAACUCCUAGAGAAGUUGACGGGAGGGUUCUCUUACAUCAACUGCACUGAUCGCUGCUUGACGUUUUCCGAUAUAGCCCCACGUGGACUGGAGCCAGGGGAGAGAAGAUCUUGGAUAAUGCUGCAGAAGUUUGUGGAGGGCUACUUCAUCCACCCAAUCGGUUUUGAGGUUUUGAUCAACCACCAAGACCUAGAUCCAGAAAAGUGGACUGUAGAGAAGGUCUGGUUCAAUAGCAUGUACUUUGACAGUGUUGAAGAACUUCUUGAAAGAUAUGAACAAGGAGUACUGGAGAUUCCAAUACUACCUGAUCAGGAUGACAUAUAUUCUACAUACAUUCCACGUGGACCCAGCCACACUCAAACAGACAUUCAUGGACCAAAACUUGUAGAACCGCAAGGCCGGCGAUACCACAUUGACAGAAACUUCGUUGAGUAUGCUGGGUGGUCAUUUUCUUACCGUGUACGAUCAUCUGCAGGUCUUCAGGUAUUUGAUUUACGUUUUAACGGAGAAAGAAUCGCGUACGAGAUUAGCCUACAAGAAGCAAUCGCGUUCUAUGCCGGAGAUACCCCAGCCGCAAUGCAGACCAAAUACAUUGACGCUGGUUGGGCAAUGGGUUCCUCCUCCUUUGAGCUCGCCCCAGGGAUUGACUGUCCAGAAAUCGCCACGUUUGUUGACCUCUACCACUUUUUCGACACGGAUAAGCCGGUACGCCACAAGAACGCGCUCUGUAUAUUUGAGAUGACCACGGGAAUGCCACUCAGAAGGCAUUUCAAUUCAAACUUCAGUGGAGGCUACAACUUCUACGCUGGGUUAGAGAACACAGUGCUGGUGCUGAGGACAACUUCCACGGUCUAUAACUAUGACUACAUCUGGGACUUCCUCUUCUACCAGAACGGGGUUGUGGAGGUCAGGGUCAGUGCCACAGGAUAUAUUCAUGCGACGUUCUUCACUCCAAACGGACUCAACUACGGCACCAAAGUGUUUCACUAUGUCCUGGGGAACCUGCACACCCACCUCAUCCAUUUUAAAGUGGACUUGGAUAUUGCAGGUCGAGAAAACAGCUUUGAGACAAUUGACCUCAAAUAUGUCAACUUCACCAACCCCUGGAGCCCCAAGCAUUUCGUUGUCCAGUCCAAGCUCCACCGGACGGAGCACAAGACUGAGAAGUCUGCUGCUUUUCGCUUCGGCAAAAAGUUUCCCCGCUACACACACUUUUACAACCCCAACGAGAAGAACAAGUGGGGCCACCACAAAGGCUACCGCAUACAGUUCAACUCACAUGCCCACACGGUGCUGCCCCGAGGCUGGAGGGAGGAGAACGGCAUCAGCUGGGCCAGAUACCCUCUGGCAGUGACUCGACACAGGGACAGUGAGAGCAGCAGCAGCAGUAUCUACACCCAGAAUGACCCCUGGGAGCCUGCCGUGUCCUUUGAAGACUACAUCCGCAAUGACGAGGACCUGGUCAAACAGGACCUGGUUGCAUGGGUGACGGUGGGCUUCCUCCAUGUGCCUCACUCGGAGGACAUUCCAAACACAGCCACUCCGGGGAACGCUGUGGGAUUCUUCCUGAGGCCCUUUAACUUCUUUGACGAGGAUCCGUCCCUGUCAUCGCGCAGCACUGUGAUCGUUCGGCCCGGGCCAAACAGAGCGCCUCAGGUGCAGAGGUGGACUCCCGCCACUGUGGGGCACUGUGUCACUGAUAAGCCUUUUUUCUACAAUGGAACUUAUGUCGGUGUGUGAUGAACAUGAUAGAAAGACUGAGGAUAUCUUACCAUUUCAAAUGUGUUAUUUAGAUGAUUUCAGUACUGCUGGAAAAGAAUAAAAAACACAGACUUAAAGGAGAUAAUAUGUCAAAUCAACAUUCGUGAGCUUUAAACCACAGUAUAUCUGUGUAAUCCCUCAGUCGUCCAGGCCUGAUCCAUAGCAAAAGAAAACUAAAAUCUGUCAACUGGACAAAACUCUGUAGGAGUGAAUACGUUUCGCUGAUCAUCCAAGCUGCUUCUUCAGUUCUGGUCAGAUUGCUGGUAGGGAGUGUCCACCAGUUUUAUCCAGCUGACAGAUUUUAGUUUUCUUUUAAACAACAGUUUUCCCUCUAUCCUGUAUCAUCUGCAUUUGAGACUUAAAUGGUUUGAAAAUUUCUACUAAUUUCUCCUUUUCUCCUUCUGAUUGUCACAUGUCACAUUGCCAUUUUCAACAAUAAAGACAGUUUUGAACAGG